AUGUCAGAAGAGCAGAAAUCACGUUGUGCGAUGCCGAUGAAAAAACGAGACGAGCAAGAAAUACUGACUGUACCCUCACGUGAACGAAAUUCUCUUGAGGCUAUGGUUGUAGAAGAAUCCACUGCUGGUCCGAGAGAUCAAGAAGAAGGGGAAGAUGUUGAUGACUGGGUCCUCAGUUAUGAAGGAUUUAAAGCUAAGAAGGCAGAGGAAAACCAAAAGAAAAUGCAACUUUACAAGCGCCAGUAUUCCAGAUCGAAUAGUGAGGUCAUGACUCUUUCGAAAGAAGCCAUCACUGUUCCUGUAAAUACGGUUAAUCAAAGUAGUGUUCAAAACGAAUCUGUACCGAAUUUUGUAAACAAUAGGUACUUACUAAUCCGAGAUAUGCUUAAAGAGGCAUAUUAUAAAAGAGCGUCGGAUAGCUUAGUCAAAAGGAUUUUGCAAGCAUUAACAGCAGUCCACGAUGAUCGAAGAAUGCCGUUGCAGCCUGUAGAGAACAUGGAAACUAAAGAACAGCAACAAGGUUCAUCAGGACAGUUGAAUCAAUUUUUGGAUGAGGCCAAGCAGAAUGACAAUAAUAUCAAUGGGAAUAGAGAAAAUAAAACAGACGAUGCAGUUCUUGUAAGAACUUCUUGUGCGAAGAGGGUGCCGAACAUUGAGGCAGUGGAACAAGAAUGGGUUCCAAUUGGAAGCGGAUUGACGCUUAUACACCCCAACAAAUACAAAAAAAUUAACUGGAAGUCGUAUACUAUUGCAACACGGACAUUGUUAGUGGCUGUAUUUUCCAGAAGGGUUCUAGCGACGCACUCCCUGACCGGUAAACCUUCCCCUGCGUUUCCUGGGAAGCCAGCUAAGAUGAGUUUGGACUCAAAAAAAGUUUCAGAUGUGAUCGCGGAAAUUGUGAACAGAUUUAAAGUUCGCGAAAAUUUAGUAAGGAGCAUCAUUACAACUAAAUGUGCAGACGAAUGUAAAAUGUGGAAAACCCGUUGUAAGGAGAACGCUGCCAAAAACAGGACAGAAACCGAAUAA